AUGUCGUCUUUUGAUAAAGAAGACAAUCGAUCGAAGUUUGUUGUUCCAAAAUCGAUAAAUGAUGGAAAAAUUGUAAAAGUAUCGCAAAAAACUGUAAAAACUCAAAAAGUUGUUCGAAAAGUUCUGCCGGAAGAGCAAUAUAUUCGGAAAUUGGAUAAAAUCAUUGAGAAAGACUAUUUUCCCGAAUUGCGAAAACUACAAGCACAAAAUGAAUAUUUGGAAGCCGUGGCAAAUAAGGAUGUGACAAAAAUAAAGGAAUUGCAAAUGAAGUUUUGUAGUGGAGCAAGUAUUAGGACUGAUCGAAGGUAAAUUAGAUUUUUAAAGAAACAAGUAAAUCUUAAAUCUUGAAAACAUCAAUAUUUUUUCAGUAUAUCAAGUUUUCGAACCCCUACAACUGAUCAUUUUGAUGAAGAAUCUACAAGAGAAGAAACUCCCUCCGAAACUCCUUUCGAUGUAAAUACACCAGGUCCAUCAACAUCUUCAAAAACCUCGAAAAAUGAUUGGAUGAAUACACCAAUUCCAUUUGCAAAUGCGGAAGGAGAUAAUGAAGCAAUACGAAAAAAGAAAAACAAGAAAAAUGAUAUGAGUUUAACUGGAUAUUUGAAUAAAUAUACAUCUGAAGAUAAUGCAUCAUUCGAAGAAUUGACUCAAGUUAUGAGAGAACGAGAAGAUGCAAAGAGAAAAUGGUUGUAUGAAGCAGAAUCUGAACAUAAUAAAAAUCUGGUGACGAAAAAUGCAAUGGCUUUGGAAGCUGAUGUUCAACUUGCUUUGAAAUAUGCAAUAAAUGCAGAUGAAUCUAGGCCAUUAGCAAUUGAUAAUUGGGAAUAUAAAGCAUGGAAUACUGUAUUAUUUAAUCCAAAUGGAGCACCUUUGACAACUGCAGAAGCAAUUGAUGCUGCUAAAAAACAACAAAUCGAAAUAAAUCGAAAAGCUACUCGUUUUCCAAGUGAUCUAAAAAUGAAACCAAGUGAUGAUGCAAUGAAUCGAGCAGCAAUGAAUCAAGUACUUCAUAAUGCUGGAAAAGUUGAUGUUAUGGGACAUGAAGUAACACCAUCAAAUGCUAUCAAAUUGCUAUCAACACCACAUCCUGAUCCAGAAGUUAUGGAUUCGCCAUUGAUGACGUGGGGAGAAAUUGAUGGAACACCUUUUAGAUUAGAUGCACCCGAUAUUUCGGAGAGUUUUUUGGCAAGUGGAAGUGCUCCUGCUUUUAAGGUUUGUGAGAAAAAGUAUCAACUCUGAAUUAUUUUUUAAAAAAUUUCUAAUUUCUCGAAUAUUCAAACUUUGAUAAAAUUCUAAAAAAUGUUCACAUAUUUUUUUUGUGAAAAUUCAUUAAAAUUAAAUUAGACUCAAGUUUCUUAUGUGCAUAAUUUUCAGAUUCCUGAAGUUCCGCUUCGUGAAAAAAUUGCUCAAUCAAUGAAUGAUUCAAUUGCUGCCAAAUAUCGAGAUAAACGAAAAGUUGCGAUGAAAGCUGCCGAAGGUGCACAGUAAGUUAUUUUACACAAUCAGCUACUUUAUUUAUUAAUUGUUUUUCCAGUCGUACCCCGAAAUUUGGCUCAAAAAGAGUGGCUGAUAAAAUUGCACAAUUAUCACCGGCCGCACAAAAAUUGGCCACGAAAAAGUUGGGUUUGAAAAUGGCGUCGAAAUCGCCGUUUUUGUCACCGAAAAGUGGUGGAAGCACGUGGCGAAGUAGCAAAACACCGGGAUCAAAUUGGAGUCGAGGCGAAAAGACACCUGGAUCAUCGUGGAGUCAAGGAGCACGAACACCCGAUGUUGAAACCAUGAUUUUGAAGAAAAAUUGUGAGUUUUUCAAAUUUUGUGGAAAAUCUUCUAGUCGGAAAACUGUAUUUUUCGAAUAAGAUUCCAAGUUCAGUUCAAGUUUUGGAAUUUUUCUUCUAAAAAAUAUUUAGUCUUUUGUGAGAUAUUAAAUUAAAAAUUACAUAGAUCUGUAGUAUUUUUUUUCAGUUUCUAGAAGAAUCUGAGAUUUUUACAGUCUUGAAGUACUGUAGAUUUCUACCAAAAAACCUCCAUAUCAUUUUGUAGUACUCUGCUCCAUUUUGUUGUAGUCUGACGAAAUCCAAUUCUAUUUUAGAUCCCAUUUUUCAGCCAAACCAACUUCUUCUUCCUCUUCAUCUUCUUCAAACGACAAAUCGAAUCAGAAUCGAGCAAACGCGGGUGAUUUCUUCUAA